GCGAAGCGCUGUGCAGAGCACUUCAAGUCCACGACAAAAGGGCCCAGGUGCAACAUGAACAGGCUAUGCGGUAGGCUGUCAGCGGAGGAAAGAGAGAAGAGGGAGCUGGGCCGGCUGGAGGGAAUUGCGCUGGUGCUUGGAAAGGCUGUGCCACCGGCACUGUCACAGGAUUGCCCCUCUGACGUCGAGGGCACGUACGAACCGGAGGGCGAGGAGGAAAGCAGCAGGCCCCAACCUCCUCAAAACAGGGUCAACGCAUGUCUUUUCACCACCACUAAUGUGUGGCAGACUACGCUGGAAGAGGGCGGGGCGAUAAUCUCUAAGAACGAGGAAGCACAACGCUCUAUAGACGACUGGUUGGUUUAUGGAGGAGUCCCCUUCAACAUGGUGCGCAGCAAGUAUUUCUUGCGCAUGAUAGAGAAGGUCCGCGACGCGGAGCGGUCCUUCAUCCCCGUAAAAUAUGACACGCAGCGGACGAAGAGGUUGGAUAUGUCCCGGGCGCGGGUCGAGGAGGGGGUUUUGCGGCAGCAGAGAAGUUGGGCUCGAACCCGAUGCAUGCUCCAGCUUGAUGGCUGGACUGACAUAAGAGGCAGACCACACUUGAAUGUCAUGGUCUCCUUUCCGACCGGUGUGCUAUUUUGGAAGUCGCAUUGCAUGUCAGGCAAGGAGAAGGGAGCAGCAGCGUACUUCGACAUCUUACCUGAGUCGAUUCACGAAGUUGGCGAGAAGAGUGUCGUCGGAGUGAUCAUGGACAACGCUGCUGUGUGCGCGAGAGUUGGCAGAUUGGCGGAGGAUACAUUCCCACUAACCUUCCACGUGCCAUGCACUGUGCACUGCCUCGACUUGAUGCUGCACGAUAUUGGGAAGAUAGAGUGCGUGGCUGAAACGGUGACGAAGGCGAAUGACAUGGUGAAGUUCGUCAUGAACCACCAGCGAGUCAGGGAUGUUUACUACAUCCAUGCAGGUGGAAGGCAGUUACUGCGACCAGCGGCAACGCGUUUCGCCACCAACUUUCACAUGCUGGACCGCUUGAAGAAGCAGCGAAAAGCGUUGGUGGCUAUGGUCACAGACGACAUGUGGACAGCGACGUUGGUCCCCCAUGCGCAGCGCUCGACCCUCCACGAGAUGGAAGACGUCAUACUCGAUGCAGCAGGCUUUUGGGAUCUUGUGAACAAGGCAAUCAAUGUCGUUUACGACAUUGUUUUGUUGCUGAAACUGGUGGAUGGCAACGGUCCGACCAUCAGCAAGGUUUAUGCGAAGAUGGACAGGAUAGUGGAGCGCCUGCGAGUUAGCAAGGGUCUGACAGUGGAUCAGCGGGACGAGAUCGAGGUGAUGGUCAUGCGCAGAUGGAAUGCCAUGACCACCCCCCUCCAUUGUGCAACCCUGUUCCUGGAUCCAGAGUACAGGUCGUCUGAGCCGCACAAGGAUGCAGAGAUCCAAGAUGGAUUCUACACCUGGGUGUACACAUGGCUCAAAGGGGCGUCACAGGAGGUGUGCGACCAGGUGGAGUAUGAAGUCGAUUGUUGGGUUCAGAACAUUGGCAAGUUCAGCUCGCAGGUGGCUAUGGAUGCAGCCCGCUGCGAAAGGAAUUGGAGCCUUUUCGCAGCAAUUCACACCAAAGAGCGCGAUGGCCUGGCCCCGGAGACAAUGCACAAACUGGUGUACAGCAAGUGGAACAUGCGGCUGCUUGACAUGCUGCAGCAGAUGCCGGAGAGGGCCAAAGACCUUAUUGAAUGGGAUGACCCACUGACAGAGGAGGAGCAAAAGGAGGCCAAAGAAAGAGUGAAGGUGGCUGAGCGGCGAUUGAAGAGCCUUACCUCAGCUGGUGACAAUGUUGUUCCACCAGCUGAUGCCGGGGAUGAUGAAGAUGGGGAUGAAGCUGCUGUUCCAUGCCGUGAAGAAUGCAACCUGGAGGAGAUUGAGGAGGGUCAACACGGGGAUUGGCGUGGAUUGAUGAAGGCAGGCAACUUCCUAAUUGAAUGUUCCCAAACAGAUGUGCGAAGGAAGGCACGCACCUUGGGAACGGAGGAGCACAUGCGUGCUCACAAGAAGGGAGGCGGUGACACACUGCCUCAUGGUGCUGCAACGACAGCACCACAAAACGAGACCGGGACAUCGUCGGCACAGCCUGAUCCUCAACGCCUAAAAAAAACUAGAGGCAGGCCAAGAAAAAACCCAUUGACGGAUCUGGACGGGUCACAUGCUGUGACUGCGGAGGGAGAGGACAACCCUACGCAGAUAACUGAUAAGAACGAAGUAGAGGGGGGCAAUGAUGAGGGUUUGCCAAGCAGCGACCAGGGCAUGGCAAGGAAGAGGCCGCGUGAUGGUGAAGAGGAAGGCUCAUCAGACUACCCAUCAAGCGAUGAUGAGCUGUCAUUGGCUGAAAAAAAGCGGAGGGGGUCAUAGAGAGUCAUUAGAGACGAGAGAGAGAGAGAGAGAGAGAGAGAGAGAGAGAGUGGACUGCCGUUUUUGGGGUGGUCAUUCAUGAAUCGUGAAUCAUGAAUGACUUUCAAUCACUUAGGGGACAGCGGCGGUCUAGAAGCUGUCGGUUCUGUUCAAACUUCAAAGUUCAAUGUUAAGUUAAUUCAACUUCUAAGUUCGAAGCAUGUAUACUGUUUUUUUUUUUUUUUUUUUUUUUUUUUUCCCGGAAAAUAUACUGCAUCCGGACAGGCAUCCGGACAGUGGAUCCGGACCGGUCCGGAUAAACCGGAAUUCCGGAA